AAACCGUUGGAGAUGGAGGUGGGAGUUGUGAAAAUAGCUGAGGAUAGGGAUUUUGAGAAGCUUAAAAAAUUGUAUGAUGAUAACAAUGACUGGAAGCUUGAUUAUAAUAAGCCUGAUUUGUCUGUGUGGACUAAGCAUGUGCCAGGAAUAAGCUUCAAGAUGAUUAAGAUAAGAACCAGAUUCGCAGAUGUUGAACCAGAAACGCUGUAUGACGUCCUUCAUGAUCCGGAGUAUAGAAAAGUUUGGGACACGCAUAUGAUCGAGUCUAAGGACAUUGGGUUUUUUAAUCCUAACAAUGAUAUCGGUUAUUAUUCAAUGGCCUGUAUAUCUCCGUUAAAAAAUCGCGACUUUGUUCUGCAAAGAUCCUGGUUGGAUACCGGAAGAGAGCAGCUUAUACUAAAUCAUUCAGUAUUCCACAAGGAUCAUCCACCGAGAAAGCAUUUUGUUCGAGCUACCUCUUAUUUAACAGGAUAUGUUUCUCACACAGAUCCUCAUGGUAAAUUACCCGUAUGGCUUGUAAAUAAAAUCACUCAGAUAUUUGCACCCAAGAUGGUUAAAAAAUUACACAAAGCAUCAGUAGCAUAUCCUGAAUGGAAGAAGGCGAACAAGCCUAACCACAAACCCUGGCAUUAUCCUGAACAGAUAAUGGCGCCCAGAAUACGCGUUGAAGAUUGCGUAAAAUCUGUUGAAGAAAAAAAUAUGAAAAAUAGUUACGUUGAUGAGUCGCAUUUGAAAGAUCAAAUAGCCAAAGAUAUGAUGAUUAUGGACAGUGAUUAA